AUGGCGUCUGAUCGGGAAAAGAACAGUGCAGUCUCCGCGGGCGUGCAGCAGGACGACUUAACCAUCCCGGUGAUUGAUUUCUCGUCGUUCUUGAGCGGCGACUCAAAGACAAAACAACAAACUGCCUCGGCAAUCCUGCACGCGUUUCGCACUAGCGGUUUCCUCUACCUCGCCAAUGCCGGCAUUUCCCCCAUCACUGUCCAAAAUGUGUUCGCCCAUUCCGCUAGAUUUUUCGAUCGCCCCGAGCAACAGAAAGAAGCUCUGUGCUGGGAUACCCCAGAAUCGAACCGUGGAUAUGUAAGGUUCGGUAGAGAAAAAGUCACACAAUCCGCAGAUCCAGAGGAAAUACUGCGCCUUCGAACUGCCAACCCGGAUUUUAAGGAGACGAUGGAAAUUGGCCGGGAGGGAGUGGAGGGACUGCCAAAUAAAUGGCCGGAUUGCUUUGAUGAGGAGGGCAGGGAAUUCACGCGUGUGAUGCAGGCUUUUCAUGAUACAUGUAAGGAUCUACAUAUGCAGGUGAUGCGUGCCAUUGCUCUAGGUAUGCAUUACGAGGAGACUUUCUUUGACGAUUACACCAAUGUUGGCGAUAACACUCUUCGCUUGCUGCAUUAUCCACCUGUUCUCAAGAGUGUCUUUGAGAACAAUCCGGAUGCUGUCAGAGCCGGGCCCCAUUCAGACUAUGGCUCCAUCACGCUACUAUUUCAAGAUGACAUUGGCGGUCUCGAAGUCAAAUCUCCGCAAAACACAUGGGUGCGUGCUGUGCCCAUCAAAGACACCAUCGUUGUGAAUGCGGGAGAUCUUUUGGCUCGAUGGAGUAAUGACACAAUAAAGAGCACAAAUCAUCGUGUCGUUCAGCCCCCUUCUGCGUCUGGUAGCUCGACUGAGGGAUCGGAUCUGUAUCCCACGCGAUACAGCGUGGCGUAUUUUUGCAAUCCCAAUUUCGACAAAACUAUCGAGGUGCUGCCGGGAACUUAUGCCGAUGUUAGCGAGAAGAAGUAUGAGCCUAUCAACAGUGGUGAUUAUUUGACGAUGAGGUUGGCUGCUACAUAUUGA